AUGGAAGUCACAGUGAUCGACUCCGGUGAUUUGCCCCCUGGUGCGAUCAUCUCCUUCCACACGGGAACUACCCGUCGGCAUGCACAGAUCGAAACAGGAAAGGCCAUCGGUGUUACAGGCAUUGGAACGGAACCUGUGCGCGUGGACCUGAUGACCCAAAUUGGGAGCUACAGCUUCGACGUGACGCCGGGCCAGGACGUGUACGAAGUACCGAUCGCUGCCGCCCCAAACUUGGGAGUGCACGAGGAGGUGAAGCUCAAGUUUCAGAUCCGCGAGACUUCGGAGGACCGGAUUGGGUAA